AUGAGUAAGGCAUUGGAUCGGAUCUCUAAGUCACCCUUCACACGCAAGAUAGAAGGGGCUAAGCUCCCUCGGCAAUUCCAUCAACCUACUUUCACCAUAUACAAUGGUCGAACGGACCCCGUAGAGCAUGUAAGCCAGUUUAACCAAAGGAUGACCGUUCACUUCAAAGACGAGACUUUGAUGUGCAAAGUAUUUCCGUCUAACUUGGGACCAGUGGCGAUGAGAUGGUUUGAUGGCUUGAAGCCAAACUCCAUAGUUUCCUUUAAGCAGCUCACCCAGGCCUUUGGCUCUCGCUUCAUCAUGUGUAGUAGGGUUUCUUGGCCUUUAGAUUCUCUACUGUCUUUGUCCAUGCGAGAAGGGGAGACCCUGAAAGCCUACUCGGACAGAUACUGGAAGAUAUAUAAUGAGAUAGAGGGUAACUUUGAUGACGUUGCCAUCAACACCUUCAAGAGUGGUCUCCCAGCUGAGCAUGGUUUAAGAAAGUCCCUAACAGGAAAGCCUGUUACCAGCUUGCGCCAGCUCAUAGACUGGAUUGACAAGUAUAAAAAGGUUAAAGAAGACCAGCAAUUGGGUAAAGUUAAAGCAAAGAUUAUCCCUCAAGAGAGGAGGGACUUCAGGUCGGACCGAUUUAAUAACAACAACCGACCGAGGAGAGACUUUGCAGGAUAA